AAAGGCGCUCGGCUGGGCUCGCAGCUGAACGCGCCUCCAUCCCUCCCUCCCUCCUCUUCUCCCUCCCUCUUUUUUUCUCUCUCUCUCUCGGCUCUCCUCCUCCCUAACUCACUGGAUAUUACCAGCCGCCGGGCUCGCCGCCGCCUCUCCCCCAGCCAUGAAUCCCGCCGAAGGGGCGGCGGAGGAAGGCGCUGUCCCUGACUCCGAGGUGGAUGCUUUCUUCCGAACAGGUUCUUUUCGAAAUGAUGGUUUAAAAGCUGCUGAUGUCCUUCCUAUACUGAAGGAGAAAGUGGCCUUUGUGUCAGGUGGCCGAGAUAAACGAGGUGGUCCGGUCUUGACCUUCCCAGCCCGCAGCAAUCAUGACAGAAUAAGGCAGGAAGACCUUCGUAAACUUGUGACUUAUUUGGCCAGCGUGCCAAGUGAAGAUGUUUGCAAACGAGGAUUCACUGUUAUUAUCGAUAUGCGGGGAUCCAAAUGGGAUUUGAUCAAGCCUCUCCUAAAAACCCUUCAAGAAGCCUUUCCUGCUGAGAUUCAUGUUGCCCUGAUUAUAAAACCUGAUAAUUUUUGGCAGAAGCAGAAAACAAACUUCGGCAGUUCCAAGUUCAUCUUUGAGACAAGUAUGGUGUCUGUGGAAGGCCUGGCGAAGCUUGUGGAUCCUUCUCAACUGACAGAUGAGUUUGAAGGGUCCUUGGAUUACAACCACGAUGAAUGGAUAGAGCUGCGUGUCUCCUUGGAAGAGUUUUUCAACAGUGCCAUCCAUUUGUUAUCGAGGCUGGAGGAUCUCCAGGAAAUGUUGGCUAGGAAGGAGUUUCCAGUUGAUGUUGAGGGCUCAAGAAGGCUGAUUGAUGAGCACACACAGCUUAAGAAAAAAGUGAUUAAAGCUCCUGUGGAAGAACUGGAUCGUGAGGGCCAGAGGUUAUUACAAUGCAUAAGAUCCAGUGAUGGUUUUUCUGGUAGGAACUGCAUUCCUGGAAGUGCAGAUUUUCAAAGUCUCGUGCCAAAGAUCACCAGCCUUUUAGACAAGCUGCAUUCUACCCGGCAACACUUGCAUCAGAUGUGGCAUGUCCGCAAGUUGAAACUGGACCAGUGCUUUCAACUCCGGCUUUUUGAGCAAGAUGCGGAGAAGAUGUUCGACUGGAUCAGCCACAACAAAGAGUUGUUCCUGCAGAGUCACACAGAGAUUGGUGUGAGCUACCAACACGCCCUGGACCUGCAGACACAGCACAACCACUUUGCCAUGAAUUCCAUGAACGCCUAUGUCAACAUCAAUCGAAUCAUGUCUGUGGCGUCGAGGCUCUCCGAGGCAGGCCACUAUGCUUCCCAGCAAAUCAAACAAAUAUCCAGCCAGCUGGAUCAAGAGUGGAAGAGUUUUGCUGCAGCUCUGGAUGAGCGCAGCACCAUCUUAGCCAUGUCUGCUGUCUUCCACCAGAAAGCUGAACAGUUCCUUUCAGGUGUGGAUGCCUGGUGCAAAAUGUGCAGUGAUGGAGGCCUCCCCUCAGAAAUGCAAGACCUGGAACUGGCCAUCCACCAUCACCAGACCCUCUACGAGCAAGUGACCCAGGCCUACACAGAGGUGAGCCAGGAUGGAAAAGCCUUGCUGGAUGUCCUACAGCGUCCCUUGAGUCCUGGGAAUUCUGAAUCCCUCACUGCUACUGCAAACUACUCCAAGGCUGUUCACCAGGUGCUGGAUGUGGUACAUGAGGUCCUGCACCACCAGCGGCGCCUAGAAAGCAUCUGGCAACACAGAAAGGUCCGGCUACAUCAAAGGCUGCAGCUCUGUGUUUUCCAGCAGGAUGUUCAACAGGUCCUGGACUGGAUUGAAAAUCACGGGGAAGCUUUUCUGAGCAAACACACGGGAGUGGGGAAGUCUCUACACAGAGCACGUGCACUGCAGAAAAGACACGAUGAUUUUGAAGAGGUAGCACAGAAUACAUACACCAAUGCAGACAAGCUCUUGGAGGCUGCAGAGCAGUUGGCUCAGACUGGGGAAUGUGACCCUGAAGAGAUCUAUAAAGCAGCCCGGCAUCUGGAAGUUCGGAUUCAGGACUUUGUCCGGAGGGUGGAACAGAGGAAACUUCUCUUGGACAUGUCAGUCUCCUUCCAUACCCACACCAAAGAGCUGUGGACAUGGAUGGAAGAUCUGCAGAAGGAGCUCUUAGAGGAUGUCUGUGCUGAUUCUGUGGAUGCAGUUCAGGAGCUUAUCAAGCAGUUUCAGCAGCAGCAAACAGCCACCCUGGAUGCUACCCUCAACGUUAUUAAAGAAGGGGAAGAUCUAAUCCAGCAGCUCAGGGACUCUGCUGUUUCCAACAACAAGACCCCCCACAACAGCUCCAUCAGCCACAUCGAAUCCGUCCUUCAGCAGCUCGACGAGGCCCAGGUACAGAUGGAAGAGCUCUUCCAUGAGAGGAAGAUUAAGCUAGACAUUUUCCUUCAGCUCCGGAUUUUUGAGCAGUACACCAUUGAGGUUACAGCAGAGCUGGAUGCUUGGAAUGAAGAUCUGCUGAGGCAAAUGAAUGAUUUCAACACUGAGGAUCUGACUCUGGCUGAGCAGCGAUUGCAGCGUCACACUGAGCGGAAACUGGCCAUGAACAACAUGACCUUUGAAGUCAUCCAGCAAGGGCAAGACUUGCACCAAUACAUCAUGGAGGUCCAGGCUUCAGGCAUUGAGCUGAUCUGUGAAAAAGACAUUGAUCUUGCAACCCAGGUUCAAGAACUGCUGGAAUUCCUUCACGAGAAACAGCACGAGCUGGAGCUGAAUGCUGACCAAACUCACAAGAGGUUAGAGCAGUGCCUACAGCUCAGGCACCUCCAGGCUGAGGUCAAGCAGGUGCUUGGCUGGAUCAGGAACGGGGAGUCGAUGCUCAACGCCAGCCUGGUCAACGCCAGCUCCCUCUCGGAGGCUGAGCAGCUCCAGCGGGAGCACGAGCAGUUUCAGCUGGCAAUAGAGAAGACACACCAGAGUGCCCUGCAGGUCCAGCAGAAGGCUGAAGUGUUGCUGCAGGCUGGCCAUUAUGAUGCUGAUGCCAUCAGAGAAUGUGCUGAGAAGGUGGCCCUGCACUGGCAGCAGCUGAUGCUGAAGAUGGAGGACAGGCUCAAACUCGUCAAUGCCUCCGUGGCCUUUUAUAAAACCUCUGAGCAGGUGUGCAGCGUGUUAGAGAGUCUGGAGCAGGAAUACAGACGGGAUGAAGACUGGUGUGGAGGCCGAGAUAAACUCGGGCCAGCAGCUGAGAUAGACCAUGUCAUCCCUCUCAUCAGCAAACAUCUGGAACAGAAGGAGGCUUUUCUCAAGGCCUGUACCCUGGCACGGAGGAACGCCGAGGUUUUCCUCAAGUACAUCCACAGGAACAACGUCAGCAUGCCCGGCGUGGCCAGCCACACCAGAGGGCCCGAGCAGCAGGUCAAAGCCAUUCUGAGCGAGCUGCUGCAGAGGGAGAAUCGGGUCCUUCACUUCUGGACCCUGAAGAAGAGAAGAUUAGAUCAGUGCCAGCAGUAUGUUGUCUUUGAGCGCAGUGCCAAGCAGGCCUUAGACUGGAUCCAAGAAACAGGAGAAUAUUACCUCUCUACUCACAACUCCACAGGGGAAUCAGCAGAAGAAACUCAGGAACUCCUGAAGGAAUAUGGGGAAUUCAGAGUACCUGCCAAACAAACAAAGGAGAAAGUGAAGCUCCUCAUCCAGCUGGCUGACAGCUUUGUAGAAAAAGGACACAUACACGCCACAGAAAUUAGGAAGUGGGUCACCACCGUAGACAAGCGCUACCGGGACUUCUCUCUCAGGAUGGGGAAAUACCGUUACUCCCUGGAAAAAGCCCUUGGAAUCAACCCAGAGGAUAACAAAGACCUAGAACUAGAUAUCAUUCCAGCAAGUCUUUCAGACCGAGAGGUAAAGCUGAGAGAUGCAAAUCAUGAAGUCAAUGAAGAAAAAAGGAAGUCAGCCAGAAAGAAAGAAUUCAUUAUGGCUGAGCUGCUGCAGACAGAAAAAGCUUAUGUCAGGGAUUUACAUGAAUGUUUAGAGACUUACCUUUGGGAAAUGACGAGUGGAGUGGAGGAAAUACCAGCUGGGAUCCUUAAUAAAGAACACAUCAUCUUUGGCAAUAUUCAGGAGAUAUAUGACUUCCAUAACAACAUUUUUCUAAAGGAGCUGGAGAAAUAUGAACAACUGCCUGAGGAUGUGGGCCACUGCUUUGUCACCUGGGCAGAUAAAUUUCAGAUGUAUGUCACCUACUGCAAAAACAAGCCUGACUCCAGCCAGCUCAUCCUGGAACAUGCAGGGACUUUCUUUGAUGAAAUCCAGCAAAGACAUGGGCUGGCCAAUUCCAUCUCUUCUUAUUUAAUCAAGCCUGUCCAGAGGAUCACAAAAUACCAACUCCUGCUGAAGGAACUGCUGACCUGCUGUGAGGAGGGCAAAGGGGAGCUGAAGGAUGGUCUGGAAGUGAUGCUCAGUGUCCCAAAGAAGGCCAACGAUGCAAUGCACGUCAGCAUGCUGGAAGGGUUUGAUGAGAACCUUGAUGUCCAGGGAGAGCUGAUUCUUCAGGAUUCCUUCCAAGUGUGGGAUCCCAAGUCUCUCAUUCGGAAAGGCCGUGAGAGGCAUUUGUUUCUCUUUGAAAUCUCUUUGGUGUUUAGCAAAGAGAUCAAAGAUUCUUCAGGACACACAAAAUAUGUUUACAAGAACAAGUUACUGACCUCAGAACUGGGAGUGACUGAGCAUGUUGAAGGAGAUCCCUGCAAAUUUGCUUUGUGGUCUGGACGAACACCAUCCUCAGACAAUAAAACAGUGCUGAAAGCAUCCAGCAUUGAAACAAAACAGGAAUGGAUCAAAAAUAUCCGGGAAGUUAUUCAAGAAAGGAUCAUUCAUCUGAAAGGAGCUCUGAAAGAGCCCAUUCAGCUCCCCAAGACACCAGCAAAGCAGAGAAACAACAGCAGAAGAGAUGGAAUAGAUGAUGCAGACAGCCAAGGGGAUGGCAGCAGUCAACCUGACACCAUUUCCAUUGCCUCCAGGACAUCACAGAACACAGUGGACAGUGAUAAGCAUUUCGUCUACGGCAGAGACACAGGACAGUUGUCUGGAGGGUGUGAACUAACUGUGGUGCUCCAGGACUUUACAGCGGGCCACAGCAGCGAGCUGAGCAUUCAGGUGGGGCAGACAGUGGAGCUGCUGGAGAGGCCCAGCGAGAGGCCAGGCUGGUGUUUGGUGCGGACCACGGAGCGGAGCCCGCCGCAGGAGGGUCUGGUCCCCAGCAGCGCUCUCUGCAUCUCCCAUUCCCGCAGCAGUGUGGAGAUGGAUUGCUUCUUCCCUUCAGGAAAAGACGCGUAUUCGGUCUCUGCCAACGACAACGGGGGCAAGUCUGACUCGGUGGCCAACUUACAGCCUCAGCCAUCCCUCAACUCCAUCCAGAGCUCCCCGGGCCCCAAGCGCUCGACCAACACCCUGAAGAAAUGGUUGACCAGUCCCGUGCGCCGCCUGAACAGCGGCAAGACCGAGAGCCACAUCAAGAAACAGAAGAAGGUGCGAGAUGGCAGGAAGAGCUUUGACCUUGGCUCACCAAAGACUGGAGAUGAAACCACUCCUCAGGGAGACAGUGCAGAUGAGAAGAGCAAGAAGGGCUGGGGAGAAGAUGAAGCGGAUGAAGAGUCUCACACACCUCUUCCUCCUCCUAUGAAGAUUUUUGACAAUGAUCCAACCCAAGAUGAUAUGACCCUUGAAGGAGGAUCUUACCGAGGAGGCUUAAAAGAUGCCACUGGCUGCUUAAAUGAAGGAAUGACGCCUUCAACUCCCCCACGAAACCUUGAAGAGGAACAAAAAGCCAAAGCAAUGAGAGGCAGGAUGUUUGUCUUAAAUGAGCUGGUGCAGACUGAAAAAGACUACGUCAAGGACUUGGGAAUUGUUGUGGAGGGCUUCAUGAAGAGGAUGGAAGAAAAAGGAGUUUCUGAAGAUAUGAAAGGGAAAGACAAGAUUGUAUUUGGCAAUAUUCACCAAAUCUAUGACUGGCACAAAGACUUUUUCCUGGGUGAACUGGAAAAAUGUCUUCAAGAACCUGAGCGUUUAGCACAGCUCUUUAUUAAGCAUGAGCGGCGAUUGCACAUGUAUGUGGUGUAUUGCCAAAACAAGCCCCGCUCUGAGUAUAUAGUAGCUGAGUAUGAAACCUACUUUGAGGAGGUUCAGCAGGAAAUAAGCCAACGGCUGACCAUCAGUGACUUUUUGAUUAAACCCAUUCAAAGAAUAACUAAAUACCAGCUUCUUCUCAAGGACUUCCUGAGGUACAGUGAAAAAGCUGGUCUGGAGUGCUCCGAGAUAGAGAAAGCAGUUGAAUUAAUGUGCCUUGUACCAAAACGUUGCAAUGACAUGAUGAACCUGGGUCGCCUCCAAGGCUUUGAGGGCAAGCUGACAGCUCAAGGCAAGCUGCUGCAGCAGGACACCUUCUACGUGACAGAGCAGGAUUCCGGGGUGCAGUCUCGACCCAAGGAGCGCAGGGUGUUUCUCUUUGAGCAAAUAGUUAUCUUCAGUGAACUCCUUAGAAAAGGAUCUCUGACACCAGGCUACAUGUUCAAGAAGAGCAUAAAGAUGAAUUACCUUAUCAUUGAAGAAAAUGUGGACAAUGAUCCCUGCAAGUUUGCUCUAAUGAGCCGGGAAACAUCAGAGAGAGUCAUUUUGCAGGCAGCUAAUCCAGAAAUUAAACAAGCUUGGGUACAGGACAUCAACCAGGUCCUGGAAACACAACGGGAUUUCCUAAAUGCGCUGCAGUCGCCCAUCGAGUACCAACGCAAGGAGAACAGCUCGGCGGUGCUGCGGCCCCAGGCCGGCAGGGUCCCCCAGCCCAACACCAGGCCCCAUUCUUCUAUUCCAGUAGGGUCUGAGAAGCCUUUGAAGGCUACAAGCCGUAACCCAUCUCUCCCACCCCUGAAGAUACCUACCUCCAAUGGCAGCACAGGGUAUGAGCACUCACAGCCCGGAGACAAGUAUGAACAAAGCAAGACUGAUUUGGGAGGGUGCAAUGGGACCUCUUCCAUGGUGGUGAUUAAAGAUUACUAUGCACUGAAGGAGGAUGAGAUCUGUGUGAAUCAAGGAGAGGUGGUUCAGAUCCUUGCUAUCAACCAGCAGAACAUGUUCCUGGUGUACCAGCCUGCAAAUGACCACUCUCCAGCUGCUGAAGGAUGGAUCCCUGGCAGUAUCUUGGCUCCCCUCCCUAAAUCCACUACAGAUAAUAGCGAUGGAAGCAUCAAGAAGUCAUGUUCAUGGCAUACCCUGCGCAUGAGAAAGAGGGCGGAAAAGGAGAGCAGUGGCAAAAAUGAAGCCAAUGGGCCUCGUAAAUCCAAGGAUAUUCUGGGGAACAAAGUCUCUGUUAAAAUAAUCAACCCCAAUUUCAUCCAAGAAGUGGCUCCAGAGUUUCUUGUGCCAUUAGUGGACAUCACCUGCCUGCUUGGGGACACAGUGAUGCUGCAGUGCAAAGUCUGUGGGCGACCCAAACCAACUAUAACCUGGAAAGGACCAGACCAAAACAUUCUUGACAAUGACAACAGCACGGCCACUUACACCGUGUCAUCCUGUGACUCAGGAGAGCUCACCUUGAAGAUCUGCAACCUGAUGCCUCAGGACAGCGGCAUCUACACCUGUGUGGCAACCAAUGAACACGGAACUGCAUCAACCUCUGCAACCAUCAAAGUCCAAGGUGUGCCAGCUGCUCCAAACCGCCCCAUUGCUCAGGAGAGAAGCUGCACCUCUGUGAUCCUGCGCUGGCUACCCCCAACCAGCACAGGCAAUUGCACCAUUUCAGGCUACACAGUGGAGUACAGAGAAGAAGGCUCGCAGGUCUGGGAGCAGUCAGUAGCCUCAACUUUAGACACGUACCUGGUCAUUGAGGACCUGUCCCCAGGCUGCCAGUACCAGUUCCGAGUGAGUGCCAGCAACCCCUGGGGGAUCAGCUUGCCCAGCGAGCCAUCCGAGUUCGUGCGGCUCCCGGAGUACGACUCUGCUGCCGAUGGUGCCACUAUUUCAUGGAAGGAAAACUUUGACCUUGCCUAUGCAGAGCUGCAUGAGAUUGGGAGGGGUCGAUUCUCCAUAGUAAAGAAAUGUGUCCACAAAGCCACCCGGAAAGAUGUUGCUGUGAAAUUCAUUAGUAAAAAAAUGAAAAAGAAAGAGCAGGCAGCACAUGAAGCAGCUUUGUUACAACACUUACAGCAUCCUCAGUACAUCACUAUCCACGAUACCUACGAGUCUCCAACUUCUUACAUCUUAGUUUUGGAACUGAUGGAUGAUGGUCGUCUCCUAGAUUAUCUGAUGAACCACGAUGAACUUAUGGAGGAGAAGGUGGCCUUCUAUAUAAGAGACACAAUGGAAGCCUUGCAGUAUCUCCACAACUGCAGAGUGGCUCACUUGGAUAUAAAGCCAGAAAAUCUGCUCAUUGAUUUGAGAAUCCCAGUGCCUCGUGUCAAGAUCAUUGAUUUGGAAGAUGCGGUCCAGAUCACAGGUCAUUACCAUGUCCACCACCUCCUUGGAAACCCGGAGUUUGCAGCCCCCGAAGUUAUCCAAGGCCUUCCUGUCUCCCUGAGCACGGAUAUCUGGAGCAUUGGGGUCCUCACCUACGUCAUGUUAAGCGGUGUCUCUCCAUUCCUGGAUGAAAGCAAAGAGGAGACUUGUAUCAAUGUGUGUAGAGUGGAUUUCAGCUUCCCACACGAGUACUUCUCUGAUGUGAGCCACGCCGCCAGAGAUUUCAUCAACGUUAUCCUCCAGGAAGACUUCAGGAGAAGACCAACAGCAGCCACUUGUUUACAGCAUCCGUGGCUGCAGCCACACAAUGGCAGCUAUUCCAAGAUCCCACUGGAUACCUCCCGCUUGGCGUCCUUCAUCGAGCGCCGCAGGCACCAGUACGAUGUGCACCCGGUGCCCAGCGUCAAGAGCUUCCUGUUGAGCAGGAUGAGCCCGGGCACGUAGUGCCUCCAUCCAUGGGAUCCUACGCUGCUGGUCCUGAGCCCUGUGCCGGGAGCGUGCGGAUCUGUCUGUACAUAUCCCAUAUCGGUGUUUGCAUUUCACCAACUGCAGGGUGGCAAUGGGACCAAGGCGAAGGUGGUGACAGCAGCAGGGACACGCUCCCUCUCUCGGGGCACGUGAGGGACACAUCCACUGCCAAAAAAGGACUGCAAGAAGCAAACACCAACUGGGAAUGAGAGCCAAAAUUGCAGUUGCCUUAAUCUUUGUGAGGCAGCCUUAUAAGAAAUCCUCUUGAUCUUGCUGAACUGGAUUCAAAAUGUACAAAAGACUAAAAGUAGGAUAGUGGGGGAGAGUGAGACCAGCCUGACCUUAGCAUGUACUGCAGAACUGGACCAGUCAGUUUUUGCUGAAAUCAUUGCAAGCCUGCUCCAGGUUAUCAGUCAGAUUUCUCACGCCCCAUAUGCCCAGGUCUGCCAUGAUUUCAGUGGGGACUUUGCCUGCAUAGGACAUGCAAGAUCAGGCUCCAGUCACUGCUGGAUCAGCUCCCAUGGUGGCGUGGAUUAGGUACACUCAUGUUGCGUGGUAGUGCUCAGACCAAAAUCCUCCAUUAAGCCCCUCCUUGGGCUUUCUGCUGUGUUAAGUCAACGUGCGGCACCUUUCAGAGCUACGGUUAGGGCAAUGAAUUCACUGGAGCAUACAGCUGGUUCUGAUUAAGCACAAUGGGACUAUGGUGGGUUUUUUAAAAGCAUUUUAUACACAUUGUACAGAAAUCUUUUGCAAAACCUGUGCAUUGAGAAAAAGCAGAGUCCAAUUUUUGCAGUAUCUGUAAACUAGAUGAUGACGGUGAUGAAGACAAUUUUUUCUAUCACAGGUUUUCAGUAUACAUAUAUUGUAUCAUAGAUAUAAAUAUAUAUAAAUAUAAAGGAUCCUGUCCCAUUUCUAGCUUCAGAAAUGCUUGGCCCAAAGUCCAUCUAAGCCUUUUAGAGUGCAGUAGGAGUGGUGAGUUCAUUCUUGUGCUUACAGCUUGAAAAUCGUUUUCAGUGUUUAAAGCAUGUCAUUUGUUUCAUUUCCAAACUUGUAAAUAUCUCUCAGCCACCAUUAGCACCUCAUAACCAAAGCAUUCAUGAGGAUAUUUUUAUGUCCAAAGCCUAAUUUGUAAUAAAAAAAUAAUAUUUACAAUUAAAACAUUUCUCUCUUGCAAGCCAAGUUGCAACAUCAUCAUAUUGAUGUUACAGUGAUGGAGCCAGCCUUAAGUAUAACCAACAUAGGGAGUCUGCAGUGACAAAUCAGCAGUUUGUAGGUUGGCCAAAUCUUCCUUUCCAGAAAUGGGACUGGAAGGGAAAACCGUCUGGGGCUUCCCCAUCCGACUGCCACACCACAAAGCUCUACAGCCUUGUGGGGUUACAAUCAAAGAGAUUUUUUUUCCCCUGGCAUGUGGGGACUUUGUCUUGGUGCUGAGUACCAUCUAUGUGUCUGUAAUGGGAAAUGGCAGUUGUUACCAAAGGUUUUCCUAAGGAAAAGGGCUUGAUCUGACCACGUGUGCUCAUACAGACUCUCUGGUAAGGGAGAGAGUCAAAUCUCAUUUACCAUCUGAGUAACUGCACUGUGAGCCAGCAGGAGCAAGCGCUGUCUCUGCCAGUGGGUGGUGGAGAUACCCUGCAAGUACUGUUAAAUUCUCAGGGCUCUGUUAGCCCUUUUUUGAUCCACCUCCAAGCUCCCUUUCACAGCAGGGAGGAGACCUGGCCCUUCUCUUUGUGCUUGCUCUAUCAUUACAGCAGAGUGGUCCGACGAAUUUUGUUAGUGGAGAAGAGGCACAGCAAAAACCCUCAGUGCUCGACACUGAGUGUGUGCAACAAAGAACAGCCCUUGAGGUAGGGAAGCCACAGGGAGAAGGGUGAGCCCAGGCAUCUCAGCAGAGUCAGCAGCAGUUCUGUGAGAGAUCUCAUACAGGGAGGGAGUGUGGAAAGGUUUGAAAGAGACAAGUGUUCAUAGAAGGUUAAGCUUUUUGAAAAUCAUCUAGAACCUAUCUCAGUUUCUCUCUAGAGCAGCAGCUGAUUUUCUAAGCAAUCCAGCAGCACUUCUUAGAUAAAGACCAGACUCUCAUCCUGAGCCACCGUGCAAAGUAUGCAAUUUCUUAGCAACUGAAUACAGGCAGCAGUCAAGGGGGGUCUCUAAUUACCACCAGCCUCAGGUACUUUCUCACUACAGGACUGUCUGUAAUUCUUCCUAUUUGUCAAAGCUGGCUCUUUGUGCUGUGAUUGUGCUGCCCUUAAAAAAAUGUUUGUGGAAGUGUGGUCUGUAAAACCCACAGUUUUUAUUAGGCCCGUGGGUACAGUUUGAACCACAGGCUUUCUUCUUGGCAUUAAUACAAACAAAUUCUCAUGUAUCACAUGAAAUUUGGAGUUAUUUAGCAUUUUGUUUUCCUACAUCCUGCAUUCAUAUGUCAAACUUCAACAGCAGACCCUUUGAAUGCACAGGGGAAAAAAGCUGGACCAUUUAAGGUAAUAUUUAAGCCUCUCACUGCUAUCCAAUAACAGAAAAGAAAACCCAAAAGCCUGAAAGAGAAAUGAUAUAUGAUUAGGUACUGGUGCUCAAAUCAAAAAAGACUCCUUGUUGAGAGAGCUGGGGGUGCUGAAUUCUGAAGAUGUUGAAUGUUCUGGAGUUACUUUCUUUUGUGGUUUUGCUUUUUCCAUAUUCAUGUUAGAACACCUCUUCCUGUGUUUCCAAGAUGGCUUGAAAGUGUGGUUGUAGCUGCACCCUUUAACUUCUCCAGCAGCUUCCAACCAUCCAGGAUGACCAACAGGAAUACUGACCACAGUGCACCACAAGCUCUGUGUGCAGUGGCACUGUGCACACAGCCACUGCCAUCAGACAUCUCCACAGUGCUCUUACCCUGCUCUGAGAUCAAAAUGUGGCUCACAGUGUCCCCAGGUGCUGGGUGACAGGAGGGCAGCAGCAAAGGUGCUGGUGACACAGAGCCCAGAGGACAUGGUGACAUGGGGGGCUCUGUAAGAUGGCUUCAUUUAAUGAAUGUGCAAUGAGAAGUUAACUUACCUCUCUUUCUGCUCCACUUGGAGCAGCCAGGCCAGGGCAGGAAUUCUGCUGGCCAGUGGAAACUGUCAGCCCCCAUCAGGAGCUGCUGCCCUGGGGGAGGCCCACGUACCCCCAGGCUGCCAAGCCCCCUGUGCAUGGUCCUGUUGGGGUGACACACAGCCAGCUCAGGGCCGUAGACUUCAGUAUUUUAAAGCAAUCCAGGCUUUGAAAUUUAUGUCUCUCUCUUCUCAGUGAUGCCAACAAGUUUCAUUUAGUCUUACUGCCUUUUCUUUUUAAAAGACUAUGGAUUGGGUUUUUUCAGUAACAUGUAUCUUUUUACUUCUAAGUUAAUGCUGAGACAAAGUCUGUGCCCUCAACUGCCCGAGGCUGUGGCUUCAGUGGAGUUCAUUGGCAUUUCUGACAAUGCUAUUAGGCCUGUGCUACAAAUACUGUGCAUAAAGGCUGAAUGCAGAACCACACUUUAUAACCUGACUAUAUAUAACCCUAUUUUAAUGCCCUUGCCAUGAGGGGACUGUGUCAAGUAACCUAGGAUAAUAUAAAUUUCAGAGACAGAUGUAAAGGCUUCUCUGUGCACGUAAAGGUCUAGCAGAAAACUUACAUGUACAGGGGCUCACCACCUGUUUUUGUUCUUGUUCCUUUCCCAGCAGAGGUGGAUUCUCCUCUAACACAGGGCGUGGGUUUAUUUUUGAGCUCAUUCACUCAUGUCCCAUCAGAAAAUGGUGCUUUCCCAAGGAAACCAAGUCAAAUCCCAUUUUACUAGGCUGACUGCACACUGCCAUCAAGUGAUGUACUCUCGUUCUGGGAUCUGUAUAGUGCUGAGUGUUUCCAUAGCGUCAGGAUGCUGAAUGUUUGCUGUAACUGUAGUCUUUAUUAUGGAGCUAGUGAAAAACCAACAUCCUCUCUACUCAAGCCAUAUUUCACCUUCAUGUCCAACUUCUGAUGCUGGUGCUUUUACUUCUCUUUCUACCAAACUGUUCAACACUGCUCUGCCACUGAGGUCAAUUUGCUGAUAACUUUUGGAAAGCAAAUGCAAUAGCAAGUGCAAAAAAAAAAAAAAAUCAAUCUCAGACUUAUUCACCGAGAUAAGAGCAAACAGUUGGAACGUAUUGAUGCUUUUCAAUCCUAGCAACAAUCCACCGAAGGAGGGAAAAAGAAACAGUAUUGCUAACAGCUCAGCAUUUUCAAGGUGCAAAGUAAUUCCACAGCCUUAAUUAUUUCAGUGUAUUGCUGGUCUGCCUUAAAUGUAUCUUCAGUUUUAUUGCAGAUUUCAUUUUGUAUGCACACAAUGUUGGUUUGUAAAGGCAAGUUUGUAAAUAUUUCCUUUGUAAGUCUAAUCACUCAUGUGUACUGUCGUGAGGUGACUACUUGCUGUCCCAUGUUGUUGUUACUAUACUGCAGUAUAUAUGGUCAUCUACAGAUGUAGCUUCAACCUGUACAUCUCCUGUCCUUGCAUUCCCAUAAAUAGAGUAUACUAAAGACUCCGUUUCUGGGCUUUUUUGAUUAAAUAAAAUUAUUCAGAGAAGA